GUGCGGCAGAAGAAGAAAAGUCGCGCCAAACAGUUCAAACGAACCACUUUCCGAACCUGCCGCUCGUCAAGAUGAACUGUCAUGUGUGUUUUUUCGCGAUCAUCGCCAUUUUCACCGUCAGACUCUGGAGUCCUACAGCGGCUUACAGCGGCGAAUCUUCUGUAGAAGUGGUCGACGGCAAAUGUGUCUUUCAGAACCGGACCCUCAGCCACCACGAAAAUAUUCAGUUUGAAACGCCAUGCCAAGCUUGGUUCUGUGAUACUGAAGCUCACAAAGUGUACAUCGGAGGGUGUACGCCCAAUGCUCCGCUCGAAGGAUGCACGGAAAUCAGAGGCAACGGAACAUAUCCGGACUGCUGCCCGCGAUUGGUUUGCGACGGUCCUGGAUUCGGAACAGAAUAAAUAAUAUAUAGGCAUCGUGCGACCGCCGGAAGCAAUAAAGAAUGUUCAGUGCAUAAACC